UCUGCGCGCCGGCGGAGGACAUCAACGGUCGCGACGCGGGCAACGAGGACGAUCGAUCCGCGGCGUUUCGUUUUUUGAAACAAAAUGAGCGACGCCGAAGCGGAGACCGCGGCCGAGGAGAAGCCGCGCGUGAAGGAGGACGACGCCGAGGAGAAGAAGAAAUCCGAGGAGGCGGGGGAAUCGGGCGGCGAAUCCGGCGACGACGACGACGACGACGCGAACGUCGGGUCCGAAGACGAGUCCGGGUCCGACGACGACGCCUCGGACGACGACGAGGAUGACGACGAGGAGGAGGAGGAGGAGGACGAGGACGAGGAAGACGAGGACGAGAAGCCCGCGAAGCCGAAGAAGCCCGCCGCCGCGUCCGACGACGACGAGGACGGCGAAGUCAAGGCGGAGCCCGCGGGCGACGACGACGGCGACGGCUCCGACGACGGCGAGAUCAUGACCGCGGCGAAAGCGAAGGCGCAGAAGGCGGCGAAGAAAAAGGAGAAGGAGAAGAAGCGAUCGCGGAACCAGUUCGUGGACGACGUCGCGGACGACGACGACGACGACGGCGCGAGGAAGAGGAAGAAAAAGAAGGGCAAGAAGUCCGGCAAAGACGGCAGGCCCGGCGGGAACAUGUUCAUCGACGACAUGGCGGACGUCGAGGACGACGACGAGGAAGAGGACGACGAGGGCGACGACAUCGACGAGGACCUCGGCGAGGAGGAGCGGGAGGCGGUGAUGCGCGAGGCGGAACAACGCGUGCACGCGAGGUAUGAAAACCUCGAACGGAUGGAACGCAUGGAGAACGAGGAGGAGCUCGAGGCGGCGCUCAAGGAGCGGUACGCCGCGCACCGCGCCGCCGCGGACUACGGCGACGUCGGGAUCGGCACGGAGGUGGACCAGCAAGCGCUGCACCCGACGGUGCGGGACCCGAAGCUGUGGCUGGUCACGGUGAAGCAGGGCAAGGAACGCGAGGUGGUCGUGUGCCUCAUGCAGAAGGCGAUCAACCUGCACAGAUCCGGGAAGGGCGCCAUGGCGAUCAAGUCCGCGGUCGUUCAGGAUCACCUCAAGUCCUACGUGUACGUCGAAGCCGAGCGCGAGGACCACGUCAAGAAGGCGCUGGCGGGACUACGGCACGUGUACCACUCGAAACCGAUCAAGCUCGUGCCCAUCGCGGAGAUGGUGGAGUCCGUCACCGUGACGAAGAAGAAGGUGUCGAACAUCAAGAUGGGGUCGUGGGUGCGCAUGCGCGGCGGUGCGUACAAGGGCGACCUCGCGAAGAUCGUGGACGUGAACUUCGCGGACAACCAGUGCACGGUAAAGCUCGUCCCUCGCUUUGACUACGCGCACCUUCAGGCGAAAGAGGAGGGGACGCACCAGGGUCGAAAGAAGGCCAACUUGCGGCCGCCCGCGCGUCUGUUCACCGAGGCGAUGUCCGCGAAGUACAACCUCCCGUUGGAGCGCUCGAGGCACGACCGUCGCAUGCGCGCGAACGUGGACGUCCUGUGCGGCCAGCAUAAGCUCAUGGACGGGUACUACGUCAAGACGAUCUCUCUCGCGUCGUGCAAGCUGGCGGACGCGCCGGCGUUGGACGAGCUCCAGCGAUUCUCCACGGGCGAGGAGGCGACGGAGGCGAAGACGAGCGACGGCGGCAGAGCGAACGCGGCGGCGAACUUGGAGGCGCUCGCGAGCUCCCUGGAGGGCGCCGCGAAGAGGGAGCAGAACUUCCUCCCCGGCGAUCACGUCAUCUGCGUCGACGGAGACCUCGUCAACCUCACCGGCGUCGUCGUGCACGACAACGCGGACGGCUCCGUGAAGAUCACGCCGACGCACGACGACAUCCACGAAGACAUCGACGUGGACAAGCAGACGUUGAGGAAGUACUUCAAGGUUGGGUCGCACGUGCGGUGCGUGCACGGCGUGCACGACGGCGAGUCUGGUCUCGUCGUGAAAGUGGAGGGGCAAGUCACGACGGUGUUCUCCGACGUCAAGCAGGAGGAGUUCCUCGUGUUCUCGCAAGACCUCGCGGACAGCAAAGAGGUCACCAGAAGAGUCGAGAGCAUCGGGGUUUUCACGAUCCACGACCUCGUCCAGCUCGAAUCUUCCGCCGUCGGGAUGAUCGUCAGAGUGGAGAAGGACGCCGCGAUGGUGAUGAUGGCGAGCAGCACCGCGGAUCGACCGGACGUCCGCCCGGUUAAGCUCCACGACAUGCGUCGGAAGCUCAUGGAUAGGAGGGUCACCGCCUCGGACGCCGGGAUGGAGACGAUCGAGAACGGGUCGAUGGUGAGGAUCGUCGACGGCCCGGGGAAAGGGAUGCGGCUCACGGUGAAGCACAUCAACCGAGGGACGCUGUGGGGGAAGGUUCGCGGCGAUGUCGCAGAUUUCGGCGGCAUCGUCGCGGUCAAGGCGCGGAGCUGCCGCGUCGACGGCUCCAAGAGCAAAGACGGCGGAAACGACGCCAACAGAGCCGGCGGGUUCGCCGCGGCGCCGCAGUCCCCCGGCGCCGCGCUGCUCCGCUCGCCCGCGGCGCGCCAGCAACCGAUGCAGAUGCAGGACGCGCCGCGCGCCGGGCGGUUCGGCGGCGGCCCCGUCGGGAGGCGCGACAACUCGCUUGUCGGGACGACGAUCAAAGUCAGCGCGGGGGUGUACAAAGGGUACAAGGGCAAGGUCGUGGACGCGACGGAGACGACCGUCCGCGUGGAGCUCCAAGCGCAAGCGCGCACGGUCACGGUGCAGCGGAACCAGAUCGUCAUGCCGAGCGCGGCGCCGCCGUGGGGCGGCGCCGCCGCGGCGCCGGCGGCGUACCAGCCCGCCGCGCCCGCGACGGCGCCGACGCCCGCGCGUACGCCGAUGCGCGAGUACGCGCGGACGCCCGCGUACGGCGACGGCAUCGGCUCCGUCACGCCGCUGCGCGACGACGGCGCGGGCGGCAGAACCCCGCUGCGCGACAGCGCGUGGAACCCGGCGACGCCGCACCACGACGGCGGCGUCGGCGGCGGCGGAUGGGACGACGACGCGCCGUCGACGGCGUCGGCGCCCGCGCCGUCGUCGGACCCGGACGCCGGGUACGCCGGCGUGUUCGUCACCAAGGCGGUCGUCUCUCUCCCGGACGGGAGACAGGGCGUCGUCCGCGCGCGGAAGAACGGCGCCGUGGUCGUCGCGAUCGGGACGACGAAGACGCUCCCGAACGGCGUCGUCACCCUGGACGCGCUCACGUCUGCGAGUGCGAUGGAGACGGUGCCCGAGAGCGUGUUGACGCUGGCGCCCGCGCAGAAGAAGGACAACGUUGUCGUGGUGACGUCCGGGGAGGAGCAGCCGCGCGGUGCCACCGCGGUGGUCAUCUCCGUGGACGAGGGCGAGUGCGUGAUGAAGAUGGACGGGACGAAGGAGGCGGCGAUGAUGCCCGCGACGGCGAUCGCGCGCGUCCCGAUCCCCUUCAGCGCCUUGGACAGGACCUUCACGACGAUCCCUCUCUUGAGCCACGGCGCGUCGUCCCCGGCGCUGCCGCCGCUCGUCCCGGCGGCGUCGGAGCCGGGGUUCGGAUUCGGCGUCGCCGCGUGCGCUUCCUUCGCCGCGAUCCCGCGCCGCAUGAUCUCCUGGAGCGCGGAGGGCUUGGCGCCCGCGCGUUUGGACGCGAGCCCCGCGGCGGCGUCGGACGCGACCCUCUGCGCGUUCUUGAAGACGUCCAGCGCGUUCGCGUCCCCGGCCGCGCCCGCGAGCGCGAGGGCGCCGACGUCCGUCUUGACGCGUUUGUUCGCUAUGGACAGCUUCAUGUGCGCGUCGUCGUCGCCGCGUUUGAGCUCCGUCGCGGCGGCGGCGACUUUCGCCGAGUCGGGAAGGUUUCGAUUGGCGCGCUCGAUCUGCUCCGCGAUGAGACGCGCCGCGCGCUCCUCUUCGUCCUCCUCCGCGCGCUCGCGCUUCGCUUUCAUCGCCUGGCGCAUCUUCUCCUCUUUGUCCUCGGGGCGAUAG